CGCCGCAGCAGAAUCUUAGCCGGUUAACCCAGGAACCGCUUGACUACCUGCUGCACGCGAUCCCGCGAUUUCGCCACGGCCCUCAAGAGUCAGUAAACAAUUCCAGCUUGGUUCAAGGCGGUGUCUCCCCCAACGCCAGUAUGGCUGCUGCUGCAAGCGUCAGAUGUUCGAGUACUUUGCAUGUGCAAAGCGUGUUGAGAAACAAAGGAGAAGAAGGGCUGCGCGGAGCUUGCCUAACCUGCAUAACAAAUGGCAAUGCUGACAAGCAGGGGGGGCCAUGGCGGCGGAUUGAAUGCAGCUUAAGUUACAAGAGUCGAGUGCCUGCUCAAAGCAGUUGCUGGCAGAAGGGAAGGCGAAAACUACGCGGAAGGCGUCUGCGGGCAACGGCUGCGUCAGAAGCAGAGGACGUAGCAGCGCAAGACACCGCGACACCCCCCGCCAUCCCCCAUUUCUCGGGAUCCGUCCGACGGGCGUCAAACGCCGCUGACAGCCGCAACUGCUGGUCCGCGCCGGACCCAGCGGGGUUCAGCCUGCGCUCGAGGAGCUUCCCCUUCAAUGGCAAGAUGGAGCCCGCGAAAGAGCCCUUUUUCACACUCGUAGCGGUGGACUGGUUAAAGUCGGACGUCCGAAUGGACCGCCUGGCGCGGCGGCCCGGGGGGCUCGUCAACCGGACGCUCAAAGGGGGGCCGCCAUUCGUCUUCGUCGUCAAUAUGCAGGUCCCAGCGGGCCCCGUGCACUACAGCAUGGUGUACUACUUCGCGUCGUACCAGCCCAUCACGGACCGCAUGCUCUUCCACGCCUUCAUGCACGGGGACGAAGCGUACCGGGACGCGCGCCUCACGCUGCUGCCCAACAUACGCAAUGGCUCAUGGUUGAUCCGACAGAGCGUGGGCUCUCGGCCGGUGGCUCUAGCGCAGGUGCUUAAGUGCAGGUACGAUAAGGGGGAGCACUUCUUUGAGAUUGAUGUCGACAUGGGGACGUCGGCACUCGUGCGCUCUGUGCUCGGCCUUGUGCUGCCAGCUGUCACCGCUCUAGUGGUCGACUUGGCCUUCCUGAUCAGGGGCGAAACGGAAAAGGAGCUGCCCGAGGUGCUAUUAGGAGCCGUGAGGCUCCAUACGCUUGAGCUGACGUCAGCUAUACCGCCUCCACCGGAAGCUUGACCAGCGAAGCCUCUUAGUUCUAGCGACUGACCUGUCAACACCAACGAAGCUACUCUGACCGAAGGCUGUGGAUUAGGAAAAUGCUGCGAGGAGUCAGGGCAGCGACAAGCGUGACUGUUGCAUAGUACUGAUCCGCUUGUGAACACGGUAUUUCAGACUGGGAACACGUUGUUUCGCAUUUAUUCUGGGAUUAUGGUGGAACUGACGUUCUCGUGCAAUUUUGAAGAGUCUUUCGACGAUCAUUUACAGUCUCCAAUGAGCCCGCUGUUAUUUGUCUUAUCAAAACGGUAGGGGGAGGCCCGUGCACUAUUGUUUUAAGAUGUUAGCGUCGUUCGCCUGUCUGUGUUCCCGUACAGAUCAUUCAUUGAUUUCAAUCGAAUAGAACGACACACACAACAUCACUAUGGGUCAGUGGCAACGUGUGCGUCCCCCAGGUGGGGUUUUGAAAGUUGUCAAGCUAGGCGGUCCGACCUAGGGCAGCCAAAAGUAAAGGCAUGCUAGGUUAGACAUAGACAAAGGUUAAGUAUGGAUAGAGCCUCGAUAUGAAAGGAUUGUGAUCCUCAUCAGCUGCAGAUAGCAAAGAGAGUUCAAGAACCACGAGCAUUGAACAGUACAACUCGCAUAGAAAUGAAGGGAUCAUGGAAUAUUUGGCAAUGCCUACUAGCAACUUCAGG